AUGCAGUUCCUCGCCAUUGCUACCCUCUUCGGCCUCGCUGUCGCAACCCCUAUGGUUGAGAAGCGUGGCCCAACCCACAAUGGCAUCGCAACAUACUACACUCAGAACGGCAACGCUGGUUCGUGUGGAGAAUACCACAACGACGGCGACUACAUCGUGGCCAUCAGUCAGCAAAAGCCCUUCACCUACAACGCCCACUGCGGUCAGACCGUGACGAUCAAGAACACUGGAGGUGGCGGCGGCGACAACCACGGCGUUGGCAGGACCAUCAACGCCAGGGUUGUCGAUACUUGCCCUGAGUGCGAUCCCAACCACCUCGACCUUUCAACUGGUGCUUUCAAGGCUCUGGCUGGUGAGCUACAACCUUUGGGACAGUUCAACAUCGAAUGGCACCUCAACUAA